UUAUUCUCCAUUCAGUGCCGGACGCUGCGCUGUCGCAGCCGAACCCUCUCUCUCUCUCUCUCUCUCUCUCUCUCUCUCUCUCUCUCUCUCUCUCUCUCUCUCUCUCUCUCUCUCUCUCUCCCUCUCUCUCUCUCUCUCUGGUCCACCCUAUGUUAUCUGGAUGGGCAGAGGGGAGCCGCGUUUUAUCUUCCUGCGGAUGCUGGAGAUCGGGAUAAUCUGUGGCGUCUUUCGCCGUCUGUCGUCGGUCUGGCAUUUGAAGUUCGCCCGAUGCGGAGUGCGGUAUUUGGGAAACGUGUGAUGGUGCGCUCUUCACAUCGCCUCCUUCUUCCCUGAUUCAUUUUUACAGCGCAAUCAGUAUUUUGAAAGUGGAGAGGAAACAUGGACUAAGCGGCUUUGCCUUUCAUAAUGGGAUUAUUACAACUUUCUUUUGUGCUGUGUAUAUUUUGCAUUUUUUCAGUUUUAGGCUUUGGGGUCGACCCUGCCCUGCGCAUCAACCUUUUCAAUGAGCUGAGGCUCGGAGAUGCCUUUGCGGGAGUUUCCCAAGUCCAAGGCUUCCACAAUGAGACCAGAGCUUUUAUCUUCCAGGAUACGGCAAGGGAGUUGAAGGCCUCCGAGGGCGUCGCCGAGGAGAUCCUGAAAAAGCUGCGGAACAGGAAGGAGUUCACGAUCCUGGCCACCGUGAAGCAGGAGCCGCUCAACUCCGGAGUCAUCCUGUCCGUCCAUCAUGCAGAGCAAAGGUUCCUGGAGCUGGAGAGCAGUGGCCAUCGCAACGAAAUCCGCCUCCGUUACCGAACGGAGAGUCAGCAGCCCCACACUGACAUAUUCCCCUACACGCUGGCAGACGGCCGGUGGCACAAAGUCUCUGUGGCGCUGAGUGCAUCCCACGUGCUGCUGCACGUCGACUGCAACAGAAUCUAUGAGAAGGUGGUGGAACCGCCAUCCAUGGACCUACCUGAGGACACAUCGAUCUGGCUCGGACAGAGAAACAGCGCACAUGGAUUCUUUAAGGGGGUAAUGCAGGAUGUCGAGCUGCUCGUCAUGCCCCAAGGAUACAUCUCACAAUGCCCAGACCUGAAUCGCACCUGUCCCACUUGCAACGACUUUCACGGGCUGGUGCAGAAGAUCAUGGAGCUACAGGACAUCUUAGCCAAGACAUCCAGCAAGCUGUCCAAGGCGGAGGAGAAGAUGAAUGGCCUGGACAGAUGCUAUUGUGAGCGGACCUGCAACGUGAAGGGCUUGCUCUACAGGGAGGAUGAAUCCUGGACAGAUGGCUGCAAGAACUGCACGUGUUCGAACGGCACCGCGCUCUGCCAGCCCGUUUCCUGUUCCCCACCCCUCUGCCCUCCGGACUCCGCCCCCGCCUACGUGAACGGCCGGUGCUGCCAAGAGUGCCAGCCGAUGUGCAUGUUCCGGAAGAGGGUCUACAUGGAGGGCGAGAGGCAGGCUCUGCGAGACUCUUCCGGAAAGUGCUCCCUCUUCGAGUGCAGGGACAGAACAAUGCGAAGGGUGGCGCCCCCUACCUGCCCGGAGUUGAACUGCGUCGAGACAGACCAGCUGGCCCUGGCGGACAGAUGCUGCAGCAUCUGCAGGGGUCACGACUUCUGCGCCGAAGGUCACAACUGCAUGGAGAACUCGGACUGUAUCAGCCUGGAGGAGGGGCCAAGCUGCCGUUGCCGGGAUGGCUUCCGCGCUCUCCGUGACGACGAGGCCUACUGCGAAGAUAUCGAUGAGUGCGCCGAGGGGAGGCACUACUGCCGUGAGAACACGGCCUGCGUCAACACCCCCGGCUCCUUUAUGUGCGUCUGCAGCACUGGCUACAUCCGCAUCGACGACUACUCCUGCACGGAGCAUAACGAGUGCGACAGUGGCCAGCACACGUGCGACGAGAACGCACUCUGCUUCAACACCGUGGGGGGACACAGCUGCUCCUGCAAGCCGGGCUACACGGGCAACGGGACGCUCUGCAAAGCCCUCUGCGAAGGCCUGUGUCAGAAUGGCGGCACCUGCGUUUCCCCGGAUACUUGCAUCUGCCAGGCGGGAUUCACCGGGAAGAGGUGUGAGACAGAUAUCGAUGAGUGCUCCAGUGGUUUUGUGGAGUGUGAUAGCCGGGCUGUUUGCGUCAACCUGCCGGGCUGGUACCACUGCGAAUGCCGUGACGGUUACCACGACAAUGGCAUGUUUUCGGCCAAUGGAGAGUCCUGUGAAGAUAUCGAUGAAUGUGGGACGGGCAGGAACAGCUGCGCCAACGACACUGUCUGCUUCAACCUGGAGGGCGGCUACGACUGCAGGUGCCCCCACGGGAAGAACUGCACCGGGGACUGUAUCCACGACAACCGGGUCAAGCACAACAGUCAGAUCUGGGUCCUAGAGAGCGACAGGUGCUCUGUAUGCUCCUGUCAGACGGGGCUGGUCAUGUGUCGGAGGAUGGUGUGCGACUGCGAGAACCCCACCGUGGACCUCUUCUGCUGCCCCGAGUGUGACCCACGCCUCAGUAGCCAGUGCCUGCACCAGAACGGGCUUUUGGCCUACAGCACCGGGGCCUCCUGGGUGGAGAGCUGUCAGCAGUGCCAGUGCCUGCAAGGCGAGGUGGACUGCUGGCCCCUGUCCUGCCCACCGGUCGACUGCGAGUUCACCGUCGUCCCCGAAGGCGAGUGCUGCCCGCGCUGCGUGGCUGACCCCUGCCAGGCCGAUACCAUCCGCAACGACAUCACCAGGACCUGCACCGACGAGCACGGCCUGGUGCGAUUCAGCGGCUCUUCCUGGAUCAAGCGCGGCACAGAAUGCACCCUCUGCCAGUGCAAGAAUGGACACGUCUGCUGUUCAGUCGACCCAAUGUGCCUUUAGGCGUCACUUGCUGGGGCACCGGAGCCACUUGUACAGUAUCGUGCAUCCAUGGGGAGUCAGUCUCCUACCCAGAAACCUCUUUAUACCAAAUACAGAUGUGUACCGUACCAAAGGGACGAUGGACUGUAGCGAGCUCGCGGCCGCAAAGGUCCAUCCGUCCUGCUACCGGUAGCAAGAAAACAUCCUUGACAAACUCUGUAAGUCUGUACAAAGUACCUGAACUGGCAUGACUGUACUAGAUGUUGAAGGUUUACUAAUUUUUAAUUCUUUACCUUUCUGAAGGAUUGUGCUAUUUCUCAGUAGUGAAGAACAUCUAUUUGGUUUUUCCCUUUACUUACGUGACCAUGUUCUGUUGUUUGCCAGGUCUUUGUUCAUUUCUAGUUUAAUUUAUUCUGUGGCUUGUUAUUGUGUAAUGGUGAAAUAAACAUGUCCAUUUACAAGA